AUGAGCGAGAACUUCUACCGGAUGAUGAUCCUUUUAGAGGAAGAAUUAGAAGUCCCAAUUGAAAACCUCAGUGAAUCUAAAUCUGAGAAGACUGAAGAAAAUAAAGAGGAUGCAAAGAAAUCACACGAAUUUAUUGACGAACUCAUACUACCCUUCAAAGUUGAUGAAUUAGACACUCUUAAUACUUGGUUUGACAAAUUUGAUGAGGAAAUAUGUAUACCAAAUGAAGGACAUAUAAAGUAUGAAAUUACAAGUGAUGGUCUGAUCGUACUAAUUUUAGAUAAGGAUAUGGAGAGUGUUAUAGCCAAAGUUAGAACAUUCGUCGAAGUUAACAAAUGA